ACUCUUAGAGGGGACACAGCGGUGAGUCAGAAUCUGUUUGCAAGCACAGAGAAGUUUCUCCAAGUUUUGUGGGUACAACAAUGGACACCCAGAAGGACGUUCAACUCCCAAAUCAACAGCCAAUGAUAUAUAUCUGUGGAGAAUGUCACACAGAAAAUGAAAUAAAAUCAAGGGAUCCAAUCCAAUGCACAGAAUGUGGAUACAGAAUAAUGCACAAGAAAAGGACUAAAAGAUUGGUGUUUUUUGAUGCUCAAUGAAACACGAAAUUCAGAGGAAUAUCUUCAUUUGCAUUUGGAUUUGCUGUUAAUAUUGUAUAGCUUUUGAUUAGUGUACUUUAUGAAUACAACUAUACACACAUGUUUUCAUUUUAAAAGCCAUAUUGUAUUUAGGUAUCUACUAAUAGUUUAUAUAAGGAUAUUAUUUUUUGUUC